GACCAUGAAUUUAAUUCAUUUCACUACUAUCAAUUUCGGUUAUUUGUCAUAUUUUUAUCUUCUAUGUCUACUAGAUAUAUUGUGCAACUAGUCCUCAAACAAUAUACUAAAAGACGUCAGUAAACUAUUUGUAAGAGCUCAUCCUUUUUUCCUUCUUUCUGCUUCGUUUCUUGUAGGAGCAUUAACUGGAAUAAAAUGGAAUUAUGACUAUUGGUACUUGAAGGAUUGGGAGGUAGUAAGCUAUUAAUGGAAAUACAUAAUGCAAUGCUUUGCAUUUGGGCCGAAGUACCUUUUAUGUUUAUUUCUGGUUGGAUUAUCAAAAGAAUUAAAAGAGACAAUAGCGUGUGUUUGGCUUUCAUCACUUUUACUAUUUGGUUUUUUACUGCUUCAUUUAUUAGAAAUCUUUGGUUAAUUUUGUUACCCGAUUUAGUUCAAGGACCCUCUUACGGUCUUUUUUAUGCAACCAUGACGUCGUAUGGGAAACUCGUAGCACCACCUGGAACGGAAGCGAUUAUGCAAGCUAUUCUAGGAGUAGCAUUUUGUGGUCUAGGUAUAGGUGCAGGAUGUCUGUUGGGAGGUAUUGGUUUCGACAAUUAUGGUAAUCAGUUGACUUUUCGUUUUGUGGGAUGUUUCUCUAUAGGAUCAGCCAUAAUAUACAAAUGCAUCACGACAUUUAUAGCGGGAGAAAGAUCUGUAAUAAAAGGUAUAAUUUUUUUAUCACGUUUCUGAGCUUAAUAUGUGGAACAUAAUAACGAUUCAAAAUAGGUAUCUGCCGUGAGGUAAAGAAAUUUCAGAAAUUUAUUUUACUCAGAUUUAUUCACGAAAAGCAUGCCAAAAAGCUAAUUAUCUUUCGCAAGUUUUCCUUUGAUUAUUAAAAUGUGAAAAAUUAUUUCGUAAUUAAUAUGAAGAAA